CAUUGCCAAAUUUGCUAGUCCCUCCACGAUCAGUUGAUACACUUUCUUUACAUCAGACGUUAGAAGACACUACUCCGUAGUCCGUACACACAGAGUCAUCCAAAGCUGUAACGAGAGUGAGGUAAAUUUAACAUGGGAAAUGAGCUGUUGAUACCUGAUAUUACCUUCUACAGCAAUAAAGUGAUCCACCUGCAAGCUUACGUACUGGGCAAACUAAAACGUGGGAAGAAAUGUUCAGCUUCCUUUCAGUCAGCAAAUUAGAAAGAAAUGUUCAGCUUCCUUUUGGUCAGCAAAUUGCGCGGUCGGUCGAUGCCUUGUAUUAAGCUAAUCGGUGCCCUAAACUUCACGGCAGCUGUCAGAUACACUGAGUUGACUGAGAACUUACCAUUUUGAUGGAAGGUCCAGCGGAAUUCCUCCUGGCCUUUUGACAAUUUGACAUUCGCCAACCACCCAAGGAAAGCAUGCCAUACGAGGCGCCCAAGACUUGCUGGAUGCCUGGAUCAUAUCAUGUUUAUAUACACCACAAUGGCAUGCUGAUCAUGCAAGAAGCUAAUCAGAAAUAAAGCCAGAUCAGCAAGAAGCUAAUCACAAAUGAAGCCAUUAAGCGCAUCACUAUCUUUUGUUCUCCACCUUGCUUCGUUCCUCGUGCUCUUGCUCCACCAGCCUCAUCUGCUUGCAGCGCAGAGGCUCACAACCGGAUCGACACUCAGCCCCCCUGGCUACAUCACCUCCCCGUCGGGGGGAUUUGCCUUCGGCUUCCGGGCCCUCGACUCUGACCCCAGCCAGUUCCUCCUUGCUGUCUGGUUCAACUUCAACCUCACCCAGGCGCCCGACCCUGCACAGGAGAAGGUGGUGUGGUAUGCCAAGAACCUGGGUUCAGGCUCCACCGUAAUGGCCACGAAGUUGUCUGUGUUCAGCAUUGGUCCACAGCUCUCCCUCACUGACAACACCGGUAGCAUAAUAUGGACAAACCCAUACCCUAGCCUACAAGCUGGCUCAAUUCUCGUGCUGCAAGACUCAGGCAACCUCCAGUUACUUGCCACCGGGGGAAUGCCCAUCACCUGGGAGAGCUUCCAGCACCCAACUGACACACUCCUCCCGGGUCAAUCCUUGGGCUCUGGAAAGGCUCUUCUGUCCAGGCGCUCCGACAUGGUCUUCUUCCCCGGCCGCUACAGCCUGCAGGUGCAAGGCGAUGGUAACAUCGUCUUGUACCUCACGAACCUCGCCACCGGCAACCUGGAUUCGCACAACGCAUAUUGGAGCACUAACACCUACCUGCCAGGCAACCAGGUCGGCAACAUGACUAUUUUCUUCGACUCAUCAGGCCAUCUGUACUAUCAGAGCAAUGACAGCACUGUGGUUGACCUGAUACCCCCGCAUCCAAAGUCUAGGUUUGGUUACCACCAGCACGCAUCACUCGAUCCGGAUGGCAUCUUCCGCAUGUACACCCGACCGAAGAAUGCCAUGGCAAGGAGCAACUUGUCGUGGGCAGUCACGGGACAGUUCCCAACCGAAGGUUGCAAGAUAAAAACCUCUCUGCAAGGUUUGUGUGGCCCCAACUCAUACUGUGUGUAUGGUCCUAACGACCGGCUCGAUUGUGAGUGCCCAAGCAGCUACUCCUAUGUCGAUUCUCAGCUCACGUACAUGGGCUGCACACAGGGGUUCAUGCCGCAGAGUUGUGACGGGAAGAACCGCUCUGCCGAGUUUGGGGUUGUCAAGCUCCCAAACACCACUUGGGGAAACUCGCCAUAUGAAGGAUAUUCGCACACCACAGAGGACCAGUGUGCAGACUCUUGCCUAAAGGACUGCCUCUGCGCCGCUGCUAUGUAUGAUGGCAGUUAUUGUGCCAAGAUGGUGUCAUUGGCAGGAUUUGGACGGCAAGGAGGAGACAUUGUCAUGAAGGCAUUGAUCAAGGUGCGGACGAGCAGCCCCUCGGUGCCGGCGCCACCGAGAAGGAUAUUGCCUUAUGUAUUACUCGGUUGCUCGGCGUUCCUAUUGCUAUCCACAAUAAGUAGUCUCAUGUUACAUUGGUACCUUAGGAAGAAGAAUGCCAACCAUGACUUUGUGAGGGCUUACACUGCAAAAGAGCUUUACAAAGCCACCAAUGGCUUUUGUAAGUUGCUAGGCAGAGGCGGCUUUGGCGAGGUCUACCAUGGGAAGUUUAAGUCACUACACUCCCCUGACAUAGCAGUGAAGAAGCUCAUCAGCUCCAAUGAUUACAGCGAGAGGGAGUUCACGAAUGAGGUACAGUCCAUCGGCCAGAUCCACCACAGGAACCUAGUCCGAAUGGUUGGUUACUGCAAAGAGCAGGAGCAACGGAUGUUGGUGUUCGAGUUCAUGCCAGGUGGUUCCCUCCGGAGCUUCCUUUUCCAGCCUCAGCGACCGAUGUGGAGUUGGCGUGCUGAGGCAGCACUUGGGAUUGCCAAGGGCCUAGAGUACUUACACGAAGGAUGCAAUUAUCCAAUCAUCCAUUGUGACAUCAAGCCUGACAAUAUAUUGUUAGAUGACAAGAAAAAUCCAAAGAUUACUGAUUUUGGGAUCGCAAAGCUUCUUAGUGACCAGCAGAUGCACACCACGGUGACUAACAUCAGGGGCACAAGGGGCUAUAUUGCCCCCGAGUGGUUCCAAAGUGAUAGGCGCAUUGACACCAAGGUUGAUGUUUACAGCUUCGGCGUUGUGCUACUAGAGAUGAUAUGCUGCCGGAAGUGCCAGGAGCCUGUGACCGGGCUGGAUGGUGACGAUUCAGUCACACUGUUUUGGUGGGCUGGUCAGUUGGUCUGUCAUGGAAAAAUUGAGGUUUUGUUGCAUAAUGAUGACAACAACAUUGAGGAUUUGGUCAAAGUGGAGAGGUUCAUGCGUGUUGCACUCUGGUGCAUUGAGCAGAAUCCUUCGCUCCGUCCGACAAUGCACCAGGUGGUGCAGAUGCUGGAGGGCGUGGUUGAGGUCGACACUCUACCUGCUCUUACAAGCUCCAACCGUUCAUCGCCAUUGACCUCUUCGGUCGACGGGAGCACUCUGUUGCCAGGUGGUGCUAAUCUUGAGAUAGAGUGAUAUUCUGAUAGGCUGCAGUUUCAAAAUGAUAUUAUUUUUUUUACUUUUCACCAAUGCUAAUUGUUUCAGCAUUGUGUAACUCUAGAUGGUGUAGCUAGACAUCAAUCAUGCCUUGUAGCUAUUACAUGUCUUCUAGUAAGUAUUCAUCCAUUGUGCUCCACUUAUGCAAUAAUCCUUUGGUUUGAGCACUAAUUCAUCAUGAUUUUUUU